AGAUGACUGCAGCUGUGUUAACAGAAAUUAGAAUAGUUCCAUCGCCGUUGUCACUUCAAAAGUUCGAAAAGAUACAUACUCACUCGGUGGAGAGUGAGCAUAUUAUCUUGAUUACUAUCUGCUAGCAAACAGCUGUUUGUCGUUUUCGGUUGUGGUGUCUAUUCUGGUGAUCCAUCAUCUACUGCUUUUCUUUGACAUGAUGAGAGUGACGAGUCCUCCAAACGCGAACAUCCGGAACGUUUCUUCCCAAGCGAGCCAGGGCGUGGAUGGAGAUGAACGGACGGCGACCACUUCGUCCCGCCCAAAGUUUUCGCUUCUGUGGCGCAACCUGAGUUACCGGGUUCACGACAAGCAGAUCCUGAAGCAGGUGUAUGGGGAGUUCAAGUCCGGCGAGGUGGCCGCGGUGAUGGGGUUUUCCGGGGCCGGGAAAUCCACGCUGCUGAACCUUCUCGCCGGACGCCAGGCCUGGAAACACAAAGUGAACCACGACACCCGCGUGUUCCUGAACGACUGCCCCGUAUCAAAUGUAAAAAUGUCUGGGUCUGGAAGAAUCCAACUUGUCAUGCUAAAUCUGCAGCAUGCAAAAAUCUGUGUUGCAUGAUUACCAAAAGUCGCCCAGUUUUGACCAAGUCGGAAGGCAGAUUCUCAUGCAGGAUAGGCAUGAGAAAGAUCGCACAGAAUCUGUCGUGCUAGGUGCUGCAUUCCAGACCUCAUGGGUCAUGGAGAAGCUGCAUGACAAAUCGCGCAUUCUUCCAGACCCAGACAUUUUUACAUUUGAUACCCCGUCCGGGAAAACCACCUCCGCGCGUCUAUCGGUUUCGUGCCCCAAGACGACGGGCUGUUUCCCUUCCACACCGUCUACGAGUCCCUGCUGUUUCGCGCACGGCUUACCGUGGAGGAAGACAUUAAUACUAGCGAUGAUCCAUUACGGAGUAGCAUUUCAACAGCCGUCUGCUCGGCGGAUCCAGGUUCCAAGGAGGUUGUUCCACCGCGGCACAGGCUCAGGCUGAAAGAGAAGUUGUGUGAGGAGCACGACAGAAGUAGCAGAGACGAGAUGGGAUCUUCAAUCUGUUCGGAAAAUGAGGAACAUAUCACAGCGGACGCGAUGAAUAAAGACCUUGAGGGCCGUGCCGCUCUGUUGCGGAAAAAGAGCGCGUCUUACUCAACCGUGACCGGGGCCGCGCCGCGAUUGGGCAACGCUCAGAAGCAGGAUCGGAGAAAUAUGAGGAAGAGUGGCAGUCAUGAAACAAAAGAAUGUAAUGGUGACAUAGAACAGGGCCUGGACGGAAGUACAAUGGAACAAGGCCACUUGAGAAGUGGAACUAACGAAGAAGCGCUCGACAACGACUACACCGAGAAGAUGCACGCGGCGCCGUCGUCUGUGAAAACAGAUCCGCAGGAGCAGCGCGUGCAUGAGGUAAUUCGGCGCCUGGGGCUCUCUCACGCGAAGGAUACGUUGAUCGGGAACCACCUAACCCGGGGGGUGAGUGGGGGCGAGCGCAAGCGCGUCGCGGUGGCGUGCGAACUGCUGUCGAACCCGCCGGUCUUGUUUCUCGACGAGCCCACAUCCGGUCUGGACGCGGUUGCCGCGCUGGAGCUGGUGCGCUACUUGAAGCAGAUCGCGCGGGCCGAAAAUCGCCUCAUUGUCUGCGUCAUCCACCAGCCCAGCAGCUAUGUGUUCUCGUUGUUCGACAAAGCCAUUCUGAUGAAGUACGGAGAAAUCCUGUGCGAGGGGAGGGUUGCGAACCUCGAUCCGGCAGAAAGGUCAACAUCUGACGCAGUGUCACAACCGGACAACGGGCAAGAACGGGAAGCAGCACGUGCGGGCACGAGACAAGAGGUGGUCCUCGAAGAGAGUACUUACGACAAAUGCGAGAAAAACAGCACAAAGGUAGUUGUAGAUGCGGCAGAUGAACGGCACGAGCUAAAAGGUAGAACUCCAGCUAUAAGUCUCGGAGCGGGCGGACGAGACCUUGAGGACGGCGACGGUGCCACCAGCAACGUUGAUGAAGUAGGGCGAGGUGUUGAAAAUAUAAGACCUCAGGUGGACGACACUAACUAUUUGGUGACGGACCCGCUCGCGGCGAUAGGCCGACCCGUUCCGCCGUGUUUUAAUGCGGCAGACUGGCUGAUCCAGCAAGCUCGGGACAUGACAGAGGACGAGGAUCGAGAGGUCAAAGCGUUUACAAGGAACCGGUUUUUCGGUUCUCGCAGCGCAGCUGGCGAAAGUUGUACACAAGAAGCGCAGGGAAAGGGAUUGGUCCCUCUCCCAGACACAAAUCUGCAUCCCAGCGGCGGUUUGUCAUAUCUGUUGAAGAAAGUCUCCAGCAAGGGGAGUCUAGUAUCGUCAGUACUCUCCGGAGUUGAAGACGACACUUCUGCGCCACUUUUGGAAGGCGGAAAUAAAAUGAAGCACCAUCAUUGUACUGACUCUACAGGUUGUACAACUAAAAUGGACAUGCGGCCGAGAAGCAUUAGCAAGUACAACGACGACCAGCACCGCAGCAAGCGGCGUCGCUACACGCCUUUUCCCUACCAGGUGUGGAUGUUGUGGCAGCGGGAGUUUGUGACUUUCUACCGCAACCGGACGCAGACCUUCGCGCGGUUCGGGAAUUUGUACUUUAUGAUGCUGCUGUUCUGCGCACUUUUCGCCAACAUUGGGAUCGACCUGCCGGAAAGCGUCGCGGACGCCGGCUCGCUCUUUGACGAGGAAAACCUCUCCCUGCUGCCCAACAAGAUACGCGGGGAGCUGGGCGCGCUGACCUCCACGCUGAUCACGCUCAACUUCUGGACGGCGGCCUUCCACCUGCAGGAACUGGUAGUCGCGCGCGACUGGUACAUCCGGGAGCACUAUGCUUCGCAAAUAUAAUGAAUGUUGUCUGGGUCUGGAAAGAAGUAGCCAAUUAUUAUUCAUCGUGGUCCUACUUGCAUAUUACGAGACGAGUCCUCCCGUGUUUGGCAUAACAGCAUGGCAAGGUUUCCUCGCUGGUUUCUUUCGAGUUCAAUUCUUGUGUUUAGCAUUUUAAAAAGCUGCCUCUACUCAGGAGCAUGACAAAAAAAAACUGGCGACUCCUCUCCACGCAUCACAGAUCUUGCUGCUGCUCUUCCGGCCUAUCCAAUCCAGACGCAGACACAUGUUUGCUAUGCAUAACCCCAGCGCGCACCUGUACACCGCCCCCGCGUUCCUCGUGGCAAAACUGAUUCAGGAGAUUUUCUUUGACGUGUUCUGUAUAACCUGUUCAGGUGUUACAAUCUCAAACAUUACAAUAGAAUCUGGAAUCUGUGUUGCAAGAAGUGCAUUACCUAGCCAGCUCUCGUAGGAUUGCGCAUGACAAGCUCUCCUGGAGUCUUAAUCCGCAUUACAAAAAUCUGGCGAAAUUUGUAUUGCAGAAAGUGGAAUGCUGUCCGAGUCUGUCAUGUUCAUCAUGCAAGACAAACCUCAGAUUCUAUUGUAACGUUUGAGAUUGUAACGUUUGAGCAGGUCAUAUUCUGCAUCAGUCUUUUCUACCUCAUCCUCUACCACGUCCUGAAUCUGCACGCGAGUUUUUUCGUUCUUUUCGUCUCCGGGCUGGGCAUAUCAAGUGCAAAAAUGUCAGGGUCUGGAAGAAUGCAUGUUUGUCAUGCUUGUCUGGCGUGGCUCUUAAAUCUGUCAUGCACGGUUCCCAAGAGCCCCAUUUUGCUGUCAUGCAGAAACGCAGUUUGUCAUGCAGAAUAGGCAAAACCUAGAAGCUCAACAGCUUGUCAUGCUGAGCAAGCAUUGUGGCCUCUUCAUGACACGCCACCCAGCAUCACAAGUUUCCAGACCCAGACAUUUUUACAACCCAUAGGGCACCUCCCUGGCCUCGGGGUCGGUGGCGCUGUUCUGCGGCUCCCUGAUCAAGACGCCGUCGGUAUCGUAAGGAAAAAUCCCCCCUCCCCAUAUUGAACAGGUAUGUUUCUGAAAAUUUGUGUUGCUGAUUUGAGGCCACAAAUCACAUUUGUAUCGCAAGAAGACAAGGGCAGAAGCUUCCGCCCCAUUAUGGCCGCGAUUUGUCAUGCUGUUGGGCCUAAAGGGGAGCCGUUUUCCAUGCUGAACAACUAGGCCCGCGCGCCCCUACGUAGCAGCCUGGGGAUCUGGUCGCAGUGCCUCUACUCUGCAAUACAAAGCUGAUUUGUGUAGACAAAUCCAGCGUGAGAAAUUCCGUUUUGAUAUGGGGAGGGGGGAUUUUUCCUUGUGAUAGUCGGUCGCGGGGAUCCUCCAGCCCAUGGUGUUCGUGCCCAUGCUGUACCUGGCCGGACAAGUGGUGCCGGUCGGGCAGAUAUCAACUGUAAAAAUAUCUGGGUCUGGAAGAAUGCAACUUGUCAUGCUAUAUCUGAAGCAUGCAAAAAUCUGUGUUGCAUGAUUACCAAAAGUCGUCCAGUUUUGACCAAGUCGCGAUGGAGUUUCUCAUGCAGGAUAGGCAUUAGAAAGGUCUCGCAGAAUCUGUCAUGCUAGGUGCGGCAUUCCAGACCUCAUAGGUCAUGGAAAAGCAGCAUGACAAAUCGCGCAUUCUUCCAGACCCAGACAUUUUUACACUUGAUAGCAGAUCCACCCGGCGAUCCGGUGGACGCGGUACCUGGUCCCUCCGGCGUAUAUCCUGAGUAAAAACGUACCCACACCAGAGUCAGGAUGAGGAUUUUGCAACACAAACUUAGGAGUUUUGUGAGUCACGCAUGACAAGUUGCGCGAUGCAGUGUAGUGCAGGUUAGCAAGUGCAGCCGCAUCACAGAUUCAUCUGCUCAUCCUGUUCACAGCAUCACAAAUUCCAAAACACGAUUGGAAAUGGCUCUCAUGGGGAUGCGCAUUACAAGUCUUCCUGUCUUUGCAAAUCUGCAUUACAACUCUGGUGUGGGUACGUUUUUACUCAGGAUAGCGUACGCCGUCGACUUAGUAUCCAUUGCAUAUAUAAUGUCUGGGAGGUCUGAAAGUAGAGUGCAACUUGUGAUGCCGGUUUUGCUUUCUGAGAAGAUCUUUAUUGCCUGAGCAGCCAGAGGAGUCCAGUUUUUGCUACGCGGAGAAGGCAUUUCUCAUUCGGGAGAGGCACCAUCAGGAGGCUGGUCUCAAAAAGUCUGUGAUGUUGCUGGAGCAUACAACAUCACAGAGAUCCUGUUCCUGGGUCAUGUAAGUAAAAUAUGGAUAUGCAUGACAACCGUUGCACUUAUUUUCCAGACCCAGACAAAUUUGCAUUUGAUACUCAGUGGCCACCGACAAUUUCCGCGGGCUUAUCAAAAGGAAAAAUCCCCCCGCCCCAUAUCGAAAAGGUAUGUUUCCGAAAAUUUGUGUUGCUGAUUUGAGGCCACAAAUCACAUUUGUCUUGCAUGAAGACAAGGGCAGAAGCUUCCGCCCCAUUAUGGAAGCCAUUUGUCAUGCUGUUGGGCCUAAAACUGAGCCGCUUGCCAUGCUGAACAACUAGACCCAUACGCGCCUACCUAGCUUGGGGAUCUGGCCGCAGUGCCUCUCUGCAAUACAAACCUGAUCUGUGUACACAAAUCCAGCAUUAGAAAUUCCGUUUGGAUAUGGGGAGGGGGGAUUUUUCCUUACGAUAGGGCUGGAACAGUUGGCGCGGGAGUACGUGCGGGAUUUUCCGCAGGAGACGCUGGUGACCGACACGGUCAGCCACGCGCUUUCCAUCCCCGACCGCUUUGGGCUGGGCUACGGAUUUGACAUACUCAUGCUGAGCCUCAUUUUCCUCGUGUUCCGCGCCCUCGCAGUCGUCGGCCUGCACUUCAAUGGCAGGUAUCUGUCCUAGUUGGUGCUCUACUCGGAGGCAGCUGGUGCGGACGCGAAGAGUAAGCAGCACGGACAUGAUCAUUUGUUGAAGCUGGAGCAGUACUUAGUAGAUACACAAGUAGUUUCAUCGAUUCAUUUUCCGUGUGUGAAGAUUUAGAGAUAAGCACCAGAUUCGACAGUUUUUUCCUUAUCUUGAGUUUUGGGGUUUUGUUUGCAGGAGAAAGUGAAUGCUUCAGAAAGAAGGGUCUCGAACUGCAGGAAAAGCGUGGCCCAAUUUAUUGUUUUUCUCAAAAUAAAUGGAAGAAGAAAGUCUCUGCCGUAGUGCAAUAAAUUUUCCCUUCCACAACCAUCUUU